AUGUCUAAUCAUUAUUCAUAUAAUGAAAUGGACCCAUUUGAUGAUUUAGAUGACUCAUUAGAUAAGGCAUUAAAUACUGCAACCAAAAAUUUAUCAUCGUAUACUAAAAAUAAUAGAUCAAAUAGUAAUUUAAAUUUAAAUAAUCAUCGAAAUUCAAGUACUAUACAGUUAAAUAGUCUAAGAAAUAGUAUUAAUGAAAAUCCAGAUAAUGAACCAUUAAUUAAUUCGUCGCGAUAUUUAUCCCAAAAUAGUUCAUCACCAUCAUUAACUUUACCAACUUCAUUUUCAUCAAGGUUUAAAAAAUUUUAUAAACAAUUUAUACGUAUUUUCCAUAAUGCGAAGAAAGGAUUAGAUCAAGAUAGAUUAAAACAAUUAGGUACUACUGAUUUUAGAAGUAAUAUUACUAGUAACGAACGUUAUAUUUCCAUUAAAUCAACAAAUCGAUCAAAAAAUAUAUAUCCACAAAAUUCAAUAUCAAAUGCAAAAUAUAAUCCAAUUACUUUCAUACCCGUAAUAUUAUAUGAACAAUUUAAGUUCUUUUUCAAUUUAUAUUUCCUAAUUGUUGCAUUAUCUCAAAUUAUACCACAAUUAAGAAUUGGAUAUUUAUCAUCAUAUAUUGUGCCCUUGGCUUUUGUUUUAAUUGUAACUAUGAUGAAAGAAGCUACUGAUGAUAUUACAAGACGACGUAGAGAUAGAGAACAAAAUUUUGAAUUGUACGAAGUAUUAAAUCGAAAUCAGUCAUUAACUAAUGAACCAAAAUUAAUAACUGCUAAAGAUUUAAGAGUAGGUGAUUUAAUUAAUUUACAUAAAGAUAGAAGAAUACCUGCUGAUUUGAUAUUAUUAAAAUCUUCAGAAGAUACUGGUGAAAUAUUUAUCAAAACUGAUCAAUUAGAUGGUGAAACUGAUUGGAAAUUAAGAACGGCUCCAAAUAUAACACAAAAUCAACUGAAUAUACAAGAAAUUAUUAAUUCAAUAUCAAUAAUAGUGGGGAAUCCAACAAAAUCAAUUCAUAAUUUUGAAGGUCAAUUGAUUGAUAAUGAUUCUGAAACUUAUCCAUUAACUGUUGAUCAAUCAUUAUGGGCAAAUACAGUAUUGGCAUCUGGUUCAGCUAUUGGUAUGGUUGUUUAUACAGGUAUAGAGACUAGACAACUGAUGAAUACUACAAAAACUGGUGUAAAAACAGGAUUAUUAGAAUUGGAGAUCAACAGUUUAUCAAAAAUAUUAUGUGCUGUUGUAUUAGCAUUAUCUGUUGUUUUGGUAGUUAUUCACAUCCCUUUGAAAUCAACUUGGUAUAUUGAUAUAAUGAGAUUUCUUAUAUUAUUUUCAUCAAUUAUUCCUGUAUCUUUAAGAGUUAAUUUAGAUUUAGGUAAAUCUGUAUAUGCAUCACAAAUUCAAAAAGAUCAAGCAAUUCCAAAUACAAUAGUCAGAACAUCAACAAUCCCUGAAGAUUUAGGUAGGAUUGAAUAUUUAUUAAGUGAUAAAACAGGUACAUUGACUCAAAAUGAAAUGGAAUUAAAAAAAAUUCAUUUAGGUGUUGUUAGUUAUGCAUCUGAUACAAUUGAUAUAGUUAGAGAAUAUGUUUCAAAUUUGGUAAAGUAUUUAGAUAACGGACAUCUGCUAAAAAAAGAUUCAAGUUCAAAAGUUUGUGAAUUAAUCUUGACACUAGCUUUAUGUCAUAAUGUUACGCCUACAUUUGAUGAUGGUGAAUUAACUUAUCAGGCAGCAUCACCUGAUGAAGUUGCAAUUGUUAAAUAUUGUGAAUCAGUAGGAUUAAAAUUAUUAAGUCGAGAUCGAUUUUCAAUUACUUUAUAUCAUGAAUCAAGUGCAAAACAAUUAAAAUUUGAUAUACUUCAUAAUUUCCCAUUUAGUUCAGAAACUAAAAGAAUGGGGAUUGUUGUUCAAUAUAUUGAUGAAGUUUGGUUUUUGCAAAAAGGUGCCGACAGUGUAAUGAUUAAUAUAGUUAAUGCAAAUGAUUGGCUAGAGGAAGAAACUGGAAAUUUAUCAAGAGAAGGACUAAGAACAUUGGUUAUUGGUAAGAAAAAAAUCACUAAUUAUGCAGAAUUUAAAAAGAAAUAUGAUGAAGCUAGUGUUGCAAUGCAUGAUCGAGAUUCACAAAUGCAAAAAAUAGUAGGUCUAUAUCUUGAAAAAAAUUUAGAAUUAAUUGGUCUUACUGGUGUUGAAGAUAAAUUACAAAUUGACGUAAAACCUUCAAUUGAAUUAUUAAGAAAUGCAGGGAUAAAAAUUUGGAUGUUAACUGGUGAUAAAGUUGAAACUGCAAGAUGUGUUUCAAUAAGUGCUAGAUUAGUUUCUAGAGGUCAAUAUAUUCAUGAAAUUACGAAAACAAAUACAGAAAUAGCAUUAAAUCAAUUGGAAUAUUUACAAAUUAAUCAAAAUGCAUGUUUAUUAAUUGAUGGAGAAUCAUUAAAUCUUUAUAUGAAACAUUUUUCAAAUGAAUUUUUUGAAAUUGCAAUUAAAUUACCUGCUGUUAUUGCAUGUAGAUGUUCACCACAACAAAAAGCAGAUGUUGCAUUAAAAAUUAGACAAUUGACUGGUAAACGAGUUUGUUGUAUUGGUGAUGGAGGUAAUGAUGUUUCAAUGAUUCAAGCAGCAGAUGUAGGGAUUGGUAUUGUUGGUAAAGAAGGUAAACAAGCUUCAUUAGCUGCUGAUUUUAGUAUUGAUCAAUUUUAUUAUUUAACCAAAUUAUUAUUAUGGCAUGGUAGAAAUUCAUAUAAAAGAUCAGCUAAAUUAAGUCAAUUUAUAAUUCAUAGAGGUUUAUUAAUUUCAGUAGCUCAAGCUGUUUAUUCAAUUGCUUCAAAAUUUGAACCUUUAGCUUUAUAUCAAGGUUUUUUAAUGGUUGGUUAUUCUACAAUUUAUACAAUGGCUCCCGUUUUUUCAUUAACUUUGGAUUGUGAUAUUGAUGAACAUUUAACUAAAUUAUAUCCUGAAUUAUAUAAAGAAUUAACAUUGGGUAAAUCAUUAAGUUAUAAAACUUUUUUUAAAUGGACUUUAAUUUCAUUAUACCAGGGAACGGCAAUACAAUUAAUUUCACAAUUUUUUCAAAAUAAUUAUGCGGUGAAUAAUUUAAAUUUUAAAACUAUGGUCGCUUUAUCAUUUUCAUGUUUAGUUUAUAAUGAAUUAAUCAUGGUUGGUAUUUCAAUUAAUAAAUGGAAUAAAAUAAUGUCAAGUACUAUUAUAAUUACAUUUUUAUUAUAUAUUGGAUCCAUUCCAUUUCUUGGUGAUUAUUUUAAUUUAGAUUAUAUUUCAUCAUUUGGAUAUAUUUGGCAAGUUAUAGUUAUAUUAUGUAUUACUGCAUUACCGGUAUGGUUUGCACAAUAUUUAGAUCGAAAAUUAAGACCUCCAAAUUAUGCUAAAGUUCAAACUGAUUAA